AUGGCAGGAAGGCAAAUGGUGUUGUUGGUGAAAGGGAAAUGGUUCGAACAGACCAACGGAGUGUGGACUUUCCUUACGGACCACAGAGGGAACACUAAAGCGGUUUUCCUAAGCUCGCGGAUGAGUUUUUGUGAAGUUGUGAAGCUCGUUAAGGAAAAACUGUGUAUCAAAGAAGAUGUGGGCGUAACACUUACUUUCCAGUGGCCGGCAUUCAUGCUGAUGGACGACGGCCACGACGCCCCACCUGUGCUGAUGUCGUCGGAUGAUGAAGUGUCGCUCUUUGUGGAAAUGAGAGCGGAAAUCGACCAGCUCAAUCUGUGCGUAACCACAGAUGAAAAUACGGACGAUGAUGUUGUGAGGGUUCCUGGGAAAAUGAAGAAGCUUUGGUUGUCUACUGCACGAUGGAGGAGGAUGGGGCGGCUGGUGACGUUUGUCUAUGAUGUCAGAGUAGUCAACUAUAAAACCGUUAAUAUCCUAAUACGAGAUAAAGCGUAUGAGGAAGAAAAUUCUGAGAGGCUGGACGAGUUAGCUGUAAUCAGUUUAGCUGGAGAGGAGCCGGACUUUGCGAAGGAUGAUGAUAUCCCCGGUGAGGGUAUCCAUGAAAAUGUGGAUGAUGCUGGUGAGAUACCCGACCAGGACAACAACGAUAAUGCGAGGGCUCGGGAUAAAGGGAAGGCUAAGGUGCCGGAUGGUGACUCUGGUUAUGUACCAGCCAGUCACGGAUUGGAAAAAGGAGAGUGUAGCCGCCCUUCAGGCAAGUACAGUUGCGCAGAUGAAACUAUUAAUGGUGUUUUCUCUGAGACGGAAGAGGUGCCAGCUAUGUUUGGAAGGGAUGCUCCGCCGGUAGUGGAUGAUGUUUCUGAUGAUGGGAUAGACAGUGCUUUGCGAGAUAUGCGAUACGAAGGCGAUGGAAUUUUUGUUGGGAGAAUUUUUCGAAACAAAGUUGAGUGUAAAAUUAAAUUGGCUAUUCACACCAUCAAUAGGAAAUUCCACUUCAGGACCCCGCGUUCAACACUAAACUACAUGGAGUUUCUUUGCAUCAAUUCGACAUGUCCUUGGCGGAUAUACGCUUCCCUCAUGGAUGCCACUGGGAACUUCCAAAUUAAGAAGGCGAAGUUGAAGCACACAUGCCCCAUUGAAGACCGUUGGAAAUAUCACAAACAGGCGACAACACAAGUGAUUGGUGAGCUGAUCCAAACACGAUUUGUCGCGGGGGAGAAAGGCCCCGGUCCAAUCGAAAUCCAGCGAAUCAUGCUUCAGGAGUUCCAGGUCAACAUUUCAUAUUGGAAGGCGUGGAGAUGCAGGGAACUUGCAUUGGAGAAGGCAUUUGGAUCGGUCUCUGGCAGUUUUGCAUUGCUCCCUUCUUAUUUGGUAAACCUACAGAACUCUAACCCUGGGACGGUUUGCAAAACUGAGUUCGGACUGGACAAAAAUGGUUGUCAACGAUUCAAGUACCUAUUCAUAUCGUUUGCUGCUUCUAUUGCUGGACUCCCAUACUUACGGCCAGUGGUGAUUAUUGAUGGGACUCAUCUGGUAGGCAGAUAUGGGGGCUGUCUCAUAUGUGCUAGUGCUCAAGAUGGGAACUUUCAGAUCUAUCCAAUUGCAUAUGCUGUUGUGGACAGCGAGAAUGAUGCAUCUUACGAAUGGUUUUUCAAUUGCUUGAACACUAUCAUUCCCAAUGAUCGUGAUGUUAUGUUUGUUUCAGACAGACACGGGAGCAUCUACUCUGGACUCAAAAAGGUGUACCCUGAUGCCGGUCAUGGGGCAUGUCUGGUUCACUUAGCAAGGAACAUAACCGCACAGUUUAAAGAAAGUCGGCUACCUGGUCUGAUGGUCAGAGCUGCAAAAGCAUAUACCGUGUACGAGUUUCAGCAGAUAUUUGCAGAUCUCCAAAGUGUAAGUCCUAGCUGUGCCAAGUACUUACUUGAUUUAGGGUUACCACACUGGACAAGGGCAUACUGCAUUGGCGAACGGUACAACGUAAUGACCACAAACGUUGCUGAAUCUCUCAACAAAGUCUUGAAAGAGUGUAGGGAAUUUCCAUUAAUCUCAAUGCUUGAGGCCAUACGGAUGAGUCUAAUCAGCUGGUUCAUACGGAGAAAAGCUGCAUCCGCCGCAGAGCAACAUUCUAUCAAUCAGAAAGUCUGUGACCUGAUGGACGAGAACUACCAUGAUUCCACCGAGUUAAAGGUGGUUGUGGUCGGAGAGGAUGAGUACGAAGUUUACAACAGACAGGGGGAAAGGUUCGAAGUGAACCUUGGUUUAAAGACGUGCAGCUGCAGGGAAUUUCAAAUGCUUCUCAUACCAUGCCGCCAUGCAAUGACAGCUUCUUCGUUGAGCAAAAUUGAGUUAGAUAAGCUCGUAGGGGAGGUGUAUACCACAAGGUACCGACGAUCCCUUUACGAAGGAGCUUUCCAUCCAGUACGAACUCCUGUAAGUUCUGGUGGGACCGAACUACUACCACCAUUGAUGCGCCGUCCCCCAGGGCGACCAAGGAAAACAAGGAUCCCAUCGCGUGGAGAGUUUAAGAGGCGUUCGAGGAAGGCAGCGAGGGUUUGCAGCAGAUGUCUUGGAAAGGGACACAACAAAGCUUCAUGCAAACUAUCGGUGCAUGAAAGUUAA